AUGCAAGUGAUACGAAUGAACUGCAUAAGAGUGACAGAAGUGUGCUCCAGUGACCAGAGAUAUCUAGUCACAAAAGUCACUGAAGAGGAUUGCAUGAGAUACUUUGGAUGUCUGCCUGAAGGACAGUUUCCAAACAAAUUUAGAAUACAAGCGUGUGGCAAUGAACAAGCAACCGCGGGUGCAACGGCCGUCCCAGGACCUGUGUUUGAAAUCGUCCCUCAACAAGAACAAACUGGACGUUCUAGUGAAUCUCUAAGACAAUCAUCAUUCAUCAUUGCUGCGACUUUGGCCUUCGCCUAUACGCAGCUGUAA